CCGUAAUCCAAGCGUGAGAUCAUGUUGAAGUAAAUGCAGCCACCACCAUUAAAAUAUUAUAGACGGGGAGGAGUAUACUUUUAGAAUUAGCCGUAGCUGUUCAUCGAAACAUAAUAAACUUAAUGCCCAACGAUAUGUCUGAAUCCAACAACAAAAAAGCUUCGAAAGAAGCGGGAAACAAGGCCCAGGAAGAAGGCAAACUGACGCCGGAACAGUGGGCCAAUUUCAACAGACAAUUUGGAAAGUCUAGUCCUCUUCAGCAUAUUACGCCUCCGUCAAUGCCUUAUACAAGACCUUUCUCUCAAGGCGGUCGGGCUAAUCGUGAUAAAAUUGAUCCCAAGGCAAAGCUUGAUAUCACGGCGAGCCAUGCUGAUGACGAUGACUAAACUCAAAGUGGAAAGAGCAUCUCGCAACUUGUUUUUUCGUAGCGUAUUCUAUUGAGUAAACCAAAUCCAUUUCUUCCGUAAUGAAUUCAUGUUCUCUGAAGUU